AUGGCGAGCUCAGACUCGCCUUCCCUCGUGGACCUCAUCAAGUCGCUCCCGGAUCUCGGCGCGACCUGGGGCCCUCCGGUCACCACCGAAACCACUCUCAAUGGCGUUCCUUAUGCCCCCUACUCCAAGGGCGACAAGCUCGGUCGCAUGGCCGACUGGACGGCUGACUCCAAGGACGGUAGAGACGGCCGCGGCGGCAGACAGCAGUAUAAUAGGAAUUACCGUGAUCAGCAGGUUUACGGUGCUGGCUCUGCCUCUCUCUUCGUCGCGCCUGUAGCCGAGGACGAAUCCUCGUUCUCGGUCGUCUCCAACGUGCGCGACUCGGCUAAGACACGAUUCGCUAAAGGCGCCAUCUUCAGCCGUGGCGGGCGCGGCCAGCGGGGCGGGCGUGGAGACACACGGGGUGGGCGCCAACAGUUCCAGCGCUCCGGUCGCGGCGGCCCACAGUUUGGCGGCGGCCCCGGUGGCGGUGGCGGCGGCGGCUACGACCAGCGUGGUGGCCCUGGUGGCAGAGGCAAUGCGGGUGCUCGCGGGCGUCGCUUCGGCUGGAAGGACUAUGACAAGCCCGCCCGCAACCGGGACGCCUCGAUCAAUAUCAAGGCUGACUGGAAGCUGCUUGAAGAGAUUGACUUUAACCGUCUCGCCAAGCUGAACCUGGACGCCGACGAGGGCGAGGAUGUCGAGAGCUACGGCUUCCUCUACUACUACGACCGCAGCUACGACAAGCCGAUGGUCAAGUCUGCGGAGCGCAAGCUGCUGGCGCUGGACCGUGCCGCGUACAAUGUCACCACUUCGGCCGAUCCCGUCAUCCAGGAGCUCGCCGACAAGGACGAGGCCACCAUCUUUGCCACAGACAGCAUUCUCUCCAUGCUCAUGUGCUCUACCCGAUCCGUCUACCCGUGGGAUAUCGUCAUCAUCAAGCACGGUAACAAGGUAUUCAUCGACAAGCGCGACAAUGCGGCGCUUGACAUGGUUACAGUCAACGAGAACGCGGCCGACGCGCCGCUAGAGGCUUCGGAGGGCUCUAAGGACUUGAUCAACCAGCCGCCAGCGCUUGCCGAGGAGGCAACGUACAUCAACCACAACUUCCCCACCCAGGCCGUGCUGGAGAGCGAGACGCAGAAGGUAGAGAUGGCGCACGAGAAUCACUUCUACAAUGCCUCAGAGGAGACGGCGCCGCCUGCAUCUAAGGCGUACAAGUAUCGCCGCUUCGAUCUUUCGACGAGCGACGAGGAUCCCAUGUACCUGAUUGUGCGGACGGAGCUCGACGCGGUGCAGAAGAACGCCAUCAGCGGCGAGGACCAGUUUGUGGCCAUCCACGCACUCAACGAGUUCGACAGCAAGGCCCAGGGCAGCGGUGGCGCUCUCGACUGGCGGACGAAGCUGGUGUCGCAGCGCGGUGCUGUGGUUGCCACUGAGAUGAAGAACAACAGCUGCAAGCUGGCCAGAUGGACGGUGCAAAGCAUUCUCGCCAAGGCCGACGUUAUGAAGCUUGGAUUCGUAUCUCGCGCCAAUCCCAAGACCAACGACAAGCACGUCGUCCUUGGCGUGGUUGGGUGGAAGCCCAAGGACUUCGCCAACCAGAUGAACCUGUCGCUCUCCAACGGGUGGGGUAUUGUCCGUACCAUUGCCGACAUGUGCUUGAAGCGCGAAGAGGGUAAGUACGUACUGGUCAAGGACCCCAACAAGAGCAUCCUGCGCUUGUACGAGGUCCCAUCGAGCAGCUUCGACGACGAUGCCGAGGAGGAGAAUGUGUCGUCUUCUCUACGACCGAAUACGGGGCUGUUACCGACACCCAAGAUGGCUCCCACUAAAUUGACGAGCAGCAGCAGCAGCAGAACGCCCCAAAAAAGCACAAAGAGCAGCAGCAGCAGCGGCUUCGUAUCCAAAACCCCGCUAUCGGCAAAGACGAAACCCAAACCAAACGGCAGCAUCCUCAACUACUUCAAGAAAGCCGCCGAUGAGUCGCUUUUUAUCGCCGAGGGGGUUGUGGCGGAUAGUCCGGCGCCCGAGCCGGAGAAGGAGGAUGACAACGAUAUUUACGGGGCCAGCGACGCCGAUGGCUCGGGCAUCCAGCUGCGAUUCAACGAGGUGACGUCCUCGGUCAAGAAGCGGAAACUGAGCCCACAGCCACAGGACGAAGAAGGAGAUGAGUCUCCCAGCAAGCAAAGUCUCCCGGAGAGGCAAAAUGAGGAGCAUAAGAGCCCGGAGUCUCUCCCGCCUCAGAACCCGCGGCCCAAGAAGAGUGCGAAGACGACGAAGAAAAAGAACAAUCCGUUUUUGGACGACUCUUCCGACGAUGACGAUGACGGUGGUGAUCGAAAUGAUGAUAUCAGCACCCCUAAGAGCGGCACAAGUGACAUUUCGCAGACGGCCCUGAAAACGGCGGCGACGACGACGACGGAGACGUCGGGAAACAAUGUUCGAGACAGCGAGGACCGCGAUGAUGAUUUCGAUCCCGACAUGCAAGCCGACUACGAAGGCGACGGCCAGUUCGCAGAUCAGUUUGGGGAGGGAGACGAAGAUGACGAUUUGUUUGCCGGCGGCGAAGAGUUCAAGGAGAUGCGGUACAUGCAGGAACAGGCCCGGCUCGCGGCAGAAGAAGGAAACCACAGCUUUGAUGGCGACGACGACAAUUUGGGCCCCGACGCCAUGGUCGAGAGCUGCCCCAUCUGCAACGGCAGUCUUUCGGGGGUCACCGAAGACCAGGCGACCGCCCAUGUGAAUGCAUGUCUCGACGGCAAUCCCACGCCCCUCCCAACGGCAGCGUCGCUUCCAAAGACCGAGCAAGAAAAACGCGAGAGCGGUGGCGUAAGUGUCGAGGCGCCAGAUCUGGGCAAGCGGUUUGCGAAAGCAGCUGUUGCCCGGCCUGGGCAGGCGAAUCCCAUCAAUCUCGGCGGAACCGCCGCAAGUGUGGAUGGCGGCCCUUCCAAGUCGGCCUUUGCCAAGCUCAUGACGAGCCACGCCGAAGACUCGGCAUGGGCGACGGCCGCAGCGGCAGAGCAGGCGUCUCGGGGAAAGCCUGCGUACAAACGGACUUGCCCCUUUUACAAGAUCAUGCCGGGCUUCUCCAUCUGCGUCGACGCCUUCCGCUACGGCGCCGUCGAGGGCUGCAAGGCCUACUUUCUGAGCCAUUUCCACAGCGACCACUACAUGGGGCUGACGGCCCACUGGACGCAUGGGCCCAUCUACUGCAGCAAGGUGACGGGGGCGCUGGUCAAGAUGCAGCUCAAGACGGCGGCAAAGUACGUGGUGGAGCUCGCGUUUGACGAGACAGCCCCCGUGCCGGGGACGCAGGGAGUAACGGUGACAAUGAUUCCUGCCAACCACUGCCCGGGAAGCUCGCUAUUCCUGUUCGAGAAGAGUGUUGGGGGGACAAGGACGCAGCGCAUCCUGCACUGCGGCGACUUUCGCGCAUGUCCUGCCCACGUUGAGCACCCGCAGUUACGGCCAGAAACGACGGCCAGCGCAAUCGCGGGCAAGACAAAACAGCAGAAGAUUGACGUCUGCUACCUCGACACUACCUAUCUAAACCCGCGCUACUCGUUCCCGCCGCAGGAGGACGUGGUUCGCUCGUGUGCCGAAGUCUGCCUGUCGCUAGACAAGGGGCUCACUGCCGAGGACGACCGCGCCUGGAACUCGCUGCUCCGGCGACGAGAAGGCGGCGGCGGCACAACAGAAAAUGUCAGCAAGUUCUUCCCGUCGGAGAAAACUAAGCCGCCGCCUCUAGCCGCGGGCAAGGACAACACUCCCAGCAGCGAUCUAAAGUCGGCCCCUGACAAUGCCUUCACGGGGCUGAAGCAGGGCGGCGGGCGCAAGAACCGGCUGCUGGUGGUCUGCGGCACAUACAGCAUCGGCAAGGAGCGCAUCUGCAAGGCCAUCGCGCUGGCGCUCAAGACCAAGAUAUACGCGAGCGCGGCCAAGAUCCGCAUGUGCCAGCAGCUCGACGACGCGCAGCUGGCCGACCUCAUGACUUCCAACCCGCGUGAGGCCCAGGUGCACAUGCAGAUGCUGAUGGAGAUCCGCCCCGAGACGCUCGCUGAGUACCUCGAGCUGCACCGCGCGCACGGCUUCAGCCGCGUCGUGGGGUUCCGGCCCUCGGGCUGGAACUUCCGGCCCAACAACGGCGGCGGCAGCGGCGGUGGCGGCGGCGGUAUUGCCUCGGGCAUCGUCGUCGGCGCCAACAUGCCGCCCAGCAGCGUCCCAUCGACGAGCCUCCUGCACGGCACCGGCUGGCGCCCGCGCUUCGCCGCGUCCAGCCUAGUGCCCCAGCGCGGCAGCUCCGGGGACGCCAUGUGCUUUGGCGUCCCCUACAGCGAGCACAGCAGCUUCCGCGAGCUCGCCCUGUUCCUCAUGGCCCUGCGAAUCGACAAGGUCGUCCCCACCGUCAACGUCGGCAGCGAGCAGAGCCGCCGCCGCAUGAAGGCCUGGACUGAUCGCUGGCUGGCGGAGCGCAGGCGCGGCGGGCUCGUGCGUGUGCUGAAGGAGGGCGAAGGCGGGGUGGAUGGAGGUGAGGCGUUAUGGGAUGGGAAGCAGGGGACAGGUGGCGGUGUCUUCUGGUGA